UCAAUGAAAACUGCCUGUUUGCAGCUAUAUGAAGAUUGCAGGCACCACAAUUACUAUUUCCUCUCCCUGACCUGGAGCAGCAACUCCAUCAGCAGGAUAGAAAGGUAGCCUUGUUGCCUAGCAAAGGUGGGAUGAUUUAUCUGUGUGUCUAGACUGGUCCCUUUUCUUUGCUGCACAAGAGAAUUGCUUUCAGACUUCCAAGGAGAAUGAAGCCAGGCUAGAAAUCGGAGUGGAUGUGAGAGAGCUGCUCUCCCAGGGAGUAGAAAGAGCCACAGGGUCUCUUUGCUUUCUGUUCCUGUGCAGCUCAGGACAAUGGUUUUGUCUGCUCCAGUUAUAGCCCUGGGGGCUACCUUAGGGACUGCAACUAGCAUCCUUGCCCUCUGCGGUCUCACCUGCUUCUGCAAAUGCAAGCAACCUGGGAAAGGACUCUCGGAAAAGGACCAAGAGGAGGAGACGGAAAAUACUAAGCCCAGUGUGCUUCAGCCAGUCCAGCAAUUCAACGUUAAGAAAACUGCAGAGCCAGUCCAGCCUCGAGCGCUUCUGAAGUUUCCCAACAUUUAUGGCCCCAAACCAGAAGUAACUUCACCUGAAAUUGUUAACUACACUCAGUACUCUCUGAAGACAACAGAAGAACCAACUACUGGAAAACUUACUGCUUUGGAUGAGAAUAGGAUGAAGAUACAAGUCAAUGAAGAGCUGUUUGUUCUCCCUCAAAACGUUCCAGGUGUGGUGAGGGACGUGUGUGUCACGGAGCACCUGAAGCCCGAGCGGGCGGCCGGCGGCGGCCAGGCCCCCGAGCUGCACUUCUCCCUGGUGUACGACCCGCAGCGCGCAGAGCUGCGCGUGGCCCUCCUGGAAGCUAUGCAUGGCAGAAUGAGUGGGGACCAAGAUGCUGGCUGCCAUUGCUACAUACUGGGCACACUGGAGAGCAAGUCUGGUAUUGCUGAGGCCCAGACAGAGCUGAAGAAGAAGGUACUUCACACCCUUUGGGAGGAGGUGCUGCGAUUCCCAUUAACGGAGGAGGAGAUGCCAGGAGGGACACUGACUCUCACCCUGAGGAACUGUGACAAGUUCUCCAGGCACAGCAUUGUGGGGGAACUCAAACUGAACCUUGCUGAAAUGGAGGAAUCCUUUGGAAAGGCCCAGUGGGAAAGGCUAAAGAGCCCAGAGAAGGAGCCAUCCACGGGCCAUGGGGAGGUUCUGCUCUCUGUUAGCUACCUGCCAGCAGCUAAUCGCCUGCUGGUGGUGAUUAUUAAGGCUAAAAACCUCCAUUCCAAGCAGCUGAAAGAUCUACUUGGCAGUGACGUUUCUGUCAAGGUGACACUGAGGCAUCAGUCACUGAAGCUGAAGAAGAAGCAGACCAAACGUGCAAAACACAAGAUCAAUCCUGUGUGGAAUGAGAUGAUCAUGUUUGAGGUGCCUCAUGAGCUCCUGCGUGCCUCCAGCGUGGAGCUGGAAAUGCUGAGCCAGGAUGGAGCUGGCCAGAGCCACGUGCUUGGCAAGUGCAGCCUGGGCUUACAUGUCACAGGCACUGAGAGGAACCACUGGGAAGAAAUGCUGAGGAACCCCAGGAAACAGAUAGCCAUGUGGCACCAGCUCCACAUGUAGGCUCAUCAUGACUACUGACAAGAUUCCCAUCAGGCCUCAGACCCUGGGGUAAUAAGCUGGAUUUCACCUUCCACCUUCACCUCCAUGAAAUUGCUCGGCACAAUACUCUGACUACACCACUCUUCUCUGAUCUUCCUGCCCAUUCUAGCCCAGGAAACUGUCUGGAAAAUGUAUUUAAAGGACAAUCUCUCAUCUAAUCAAGUGGUUGUCCCAAACAAGGGGUUGGCUGCCUGGAUGGUUUGAAUUAAUUUUAUUUACUUGCCCACUGUCUCUUCUGAGAGGUUCCUGCUUCUGUAGAGCAGCAGAGGGGAGCAAAGAAGAGCAAAGUUAUCAUGGCAAUGUAAUCCCUUCAUUGGCAUCUAGUGCUGUCACCCAAGUCCCUUGAUGAGUGUGGGCUCCACAAUCACAAACACACAACUGUUUAUCAAUCACUGCUUUUCAUAAUACUCUACAAGACUGAGAAAUGAAGAUCAGAGAACUGACUGUCAUGUCAGGCGCAAAGAAUCAGUGUGAAAAAGAGAGUGAAGCCAAAGUGCAGUACAUGGACACCUAGAAAAAGGUACAGAAUGAAGGGAGAGAACAGAGGAAGAAGAAAGGGAGAGGCAGUCAACACCCUUAUCCUGUGCAGCCUUUGUAGCAAACACUGCCGACGAGAAUUCAAAUACCUUACUUUACUUUUUCCUGGAGAGUUUGAUACCUUGCAUUUAAGAUUCAUGAAAACUGCUGAAAAUACAAAUGUUUCAGGACCCUUCAGCAGAAUACCUGCAUCAUUUAUCUUUCUAUGGUGUCAUCCAGGAUGAUCCCAAAUAUGGACAAAAAUUUAUUGUUGAUGUUACCUCCAAAAACUUGGACCAAAUCUUUCUGUUUACUGCCAUCUUUUCUGUUUGGGUUUUUCCCAAGUUUCAAAUAUGCUAAUUAUAUUCCAGGCAACAUCUAAAAUUAGGCAAAAGAAGUGGGAUCAUUCCAUACCUCAGCUGACAGAUGGAUUUGGUUUGACAGUUAACUAUUGCACUUAAAUCCUCAUACCAGCAUUACUCAAAGACAACCCUUAUUAACUGCCAUGUAUUUCAUCACUUCCAGACAGAAGGAAUUCACCAACCAGACAGACUCUCCGGGGCUUGUUUUUCAUGUGCACUUUCAAGAUUUGAUGUGGCUUAAAUGUUACUUUUGACUGUCCUUUUUUUGUGUCUCUAGAUGAACUGAAAGUCUGGCAUUGGCAGUGAUGAUGUCAUGACCCUAUAAGCACAUUGCUUGUCCUACUACUUUUUUUCAAGUAGUAGACACAACUUUACGGGACUUCCAUGAGCACAAGGCAUCCAAAAAUCUGGAAACUGAACCAUAUAAUUUGUAGCCCUGAAAAUCUCAGAGAGCUUCAUAUUUGCAGGGUCAGAUUGCCCCUUGUUUAAAUCAAAACAUUGAGCUAUGCUUUAACUAGUAUCCAUCCUGUUCUGAUGGUGCAGUUAAGUAAGUCCAGCAACUUGUCAAGGGAAGGCUGCCAUCCAGUUGGCAAAGGGAAAACACCACAACUAGUGUCUGAAAACUGGCUGAAGCACCAGGCACAAUGGGUUAUGAACAGGGAAAUGAAGUUCACCCGGAGUAAGUAACUAGUGGUGACUGGGGCUGGUUGUGAGACCGACAGAAUUUAGCACCUUCAUAAAUGACCAAGACAAUGGGGCAGAGCAUGGCCUUGGCAAGUUUGUAGAUAUUGCAAAACUAGGAGUAGUGAUUGAUACCCAAGGCAGUUGUGCUGACAUUCAGAGGGAUGCUGAGAGAAAUGCUGGAGAAAUGGGCUAACAGGAACCUCCUGAAAUUCAACAAGGAGAAGUGAAAAGUCCUGCACCUGAGGAAGAACAACCCCUUGCAGCACAGGGGUGAAGGCCGACCAACUGUAAAGGAGCUUUCCAGAAAAGGACCUGGGUGUCCUGGUGGACACCAAGUUGAACAUGAGCCAGCAGUGGGAUCUUGCAGCAGAGAAGGACAACAGUGCCUUGUGCUGUGUUAACCAAUGGCAGCAGAUCAAGGGAGGGUGAUCCUUCCUUUCAACUCAGCACCAGUGAGGGCAAUUCUGCAAUGCUGUGUCUUUUGGUGGACUCCCCAGUGCGAGAAAGAUAUGGAGUUUCUGGAAAGAGUGCAGCAAAUGGCCAUGAAGAAGUUUAAAGGAUCGAGCAUCUUCUGUAAGAGGAGAGGCUGAGAGAGCUAGAACUGUUUAGAUCAAUGUGUACAGAUACCUGACCUGGGAGAGGACAAAAGAAGAUGGAGAGAGACUUUUCACUGGUGUCCAGUGACUGGAUAAGAGUCAAGGUCACAAGUGGCAAUGUAGGAAAUUCCAUUUAAACACAUGAAAAAUACCAAGAAUACACCCCCCCUUUUUAUUGUGAGUAUAAUCAAAUACUGGAACAAGUUGGCAGGAUAGGUUGUUGAGAGUCCCCAUGCUUGGAGACAGUGAAAAUUUGAUGUGAUACAGCAUGAACAACCUGCUCUAGUUUAUCUCACUUUGAGCAGGGCUGAGUUUGGACAGUAUGAUCUCCAAAGGCCCUUUAUAUCCUCAGCAAUGCUCUGAUUCUGUGAAGGAAUUGACAAGGUUGAUGCACACUGAAAACUAUUAUCUUUACACUACUAUUUCUUUUGUGGGUGGUGUAGCCAGGAAUUACAGGAUCAUUUUGAAGACAGCAAUAAAGCUUUGAGCAACCAGACAGACAGAAAAGCUAAGUAUGCCAAUGAAUCUUACGCCCAAUAUUUUAAUCUUUGAUAUUGAUCUAUUGGCUAGAGGGCAUGUAAACAAAAAGAAAAUUGGUUUCUUGUUUUGCUCAAUGGGGUUUUGUUUACUAACAAAAAGCUGUAGGUUACUGUGAGUAAACUGGACACAGAGGUCUAGUUGACAGUGAAUUCUUAAUGCUUACUGCUAUCCUGACUUGCCAGUAGAUAUACCUAUAGGUUUAUAAUAAUCAUUUCCAUAUAAGUGCAGAAUUCAUUGGAAUGUUGGCCUAAUCCACAUAUAGGUUCCAGGCAGCGCUGUGAUUUUGGAGGGGAUAAUGGUAAGAAGGAUAACUUCACAGUAUGAUGCUAUUUGGCUGGCACUGGAAAGCCUGAAGGGCCAAAUAUUUGCCUUGCUGCCAACUCCUCUAGUUCUGUAUCCUGCUUGUUUCACUGAGCCUUUUAAAACAUCUUGAUGACUGAUUGUAAACAGCAUUAUCUGCCUGUGCCCUGGUGAUUCUGACACACCCUGUAAUAGGUAUCAGUCCUCUGGUACUUAAAAGCACAGAUCCUCAGAAUCUGACUUUGCUCUGGCAAAACAAUGUCCUUUUUUACAGCAGACAAAUACGUGCACACACACUACUUCACCACAAAUCUGUCUUAGGAGUAAAGUGGUGCCAUCAGUGUUAAUGAACGGCAUUGUUUCCUCCCUUGCUGCAGUGGGAUUUAAUGCGAAAGAGAGAAAGAGUGAAAAUGCAUACAUAUUCCCCGGAUGGAUCAUUCUUGCUGUCUGGCAUUUUUAGGCUGCAAAGAAUGCUCCUCGCCAUCCGCACAGCCUGAACAAAGGCUGCCAGGUGUCCCGGGAGGAGGCACCGCUCGCCGGGGCUGACAGCGGGCACGUAACGGGGACAAGGAAUGCUGUGUACGUGUGGUACCCGAGGGGCAGGGAUGCUGUGUACGUGUGGCACCCCAGGGGCAGGGAUGCUGUGUACGUGUGGUACCCCAGGGGCAGGGACGCCCAGCCCGGCCUUUUGAACUCUGCUAACAGGAGCUGUGUGUCAUCGCAUUCCAGCGUCUGCCCAAGCCCUGCCCUCAUCCCUGCGAACAGCCUGUGCAGCAAUACCUGUGUCCCUGAGCCUCAGCACCCCAAGGGCCGAGGUGCUAAACUGUACCAGCAGAAAAAUGGCUGGGAAUGGUUGUGGUAGGUGCCAACGUCAUGAAGAUAAGUCCGAAGUAUUUGGAAAUGCCAUUGUACCAAGCAGCUUCAUCAACUUGAGCUGUCAAAGUAUGGCUGAAGUGCAAUAAGGACGGAGCCAGACAGACCCUCGAUUUUCAGCUCCUGAAGCUGAAAAUGCUGGAGUCUCAGCAAUCACCACUGUGUAUUAAAUUAAAGGAUGCUGCUUAUAAAUUGCAUCAUAAGAGAAGAAGCAAAAAACCCCCAGUUAUGGCAAUGAAUGUUCCUAAGAUAUAUGUGUGACCAAAAGAAGCCACAAGAAUCCCUAGUGGCUAGUUCGUGGCUGGACUGAUUAUUUUGCCUCCUUUAAGCAUUAACAGGAAGAAGCUGGAAGCCAAGAGACUGAAGGGAAUAAAGAAGGAGGGGAAAAAAAUGGUGUCAGGCAGUCUACCUGGUCAGAAUGAAUGAUCCUUUUCACUAAAGGCCAGAAUUGUGAGUUUAAGGACAGGGAUUCACAGUCCCUCAUCCAGUGACAAAGCCCAAAACAUCAGAUUACUCUAAAACAGUCUAAGAAAUGCAGCUCCCGUAUAUUACCCAGAUUUGCCUGGGAAAGGUGGUCUCCUGAGGUGGCCUCUGCUCAGAAGAAGGGGCUGACAAGCCAGAGGAAAUGGCCUGUGACUACAUUGACUUCCUUUGUUAAAAUAUGGAGUGUAGCAAUCUGUUGUUUUGCCUCAACCUGCCCUCAGAGCUAGCUCUUCCUCCCCAGAAAUUACCUAGUUUGAUUUUAAGCAACUUGUCCUACAGUAGAAGGAUUAAUAAGCACAAAUCAUCAAUAGUCACUAAAAUAUCUGGGAUGUUUUAGACUCAAUUACUUCCCCAGUUGUAAGGGGAGUGGUUACAGCUGGUGCCCUGUAAGGGUAACAUUUUUUCAUUGCAGGGUUUUCCCUCAAUUGUUGUACCAAAUAUCCUUGAAUGGUAAUAAGAAAUACAUUUGCUUUGCAAAGAGGUAAUACAUCAGGAAGUAAUGGAAAAUUCCCUUCAACAGGACUGAAAAUUGAAAAUUUUCAACUUGAAAAUUUUCAGGCUGAACUAUUCUCCCAGGUACUGAUGGGCUUUCAACACCUUUAACAGAUGUACCUUGUAUUUUGCUAGCAUCUGUCAUCAGUAUUAUCUGGCAGUAGUGUUCAAAACCACUCUUUUUUUUUUUUCUUCCCCAAAUGAAGUAGCUUGCUAUUUGGGCUCUAGAAUUACAGCCCAAGGUUUGCCCAGAUUUUCCUGAUGUCAAAGAUUAGUUGACUACAAUGACAUUUUAUAAGAACUGGAGGCCAAAGUGGCUUGGACCAUGCUUCUUGCACUCGUUUGAAGAUCAGUUUGAAGUCUGAAUUGAAGGACAGAGCUUUGACAGCAUUUUUAUGUGUUUCAGACUUUACUAGGUAUUAAAAUGUAUUUGGUUAAUUUGUUGAAAGAUAAGCAUGAUGAGUAAAUAUUAACACUCAAUAUUAUUUCUUCUGUGUUCAAUAUGCACAAGAAAAGUAUCAAAGUGAAAUAGUGAUUUGUGGCCUUCCAGCAUGAGGGGGCUUUCUGCUUACUUGGUCCUUUAGUGUCCCAGUGUGAUUAUUGUACAGAGCCAGAUAUUGUUUGUCAAAACUCUAUAUUGUUCUCACAAUCUAAUGCACAAAAACAGAGCAUGAUGCUCAGCCAUUGUGUCUAAUAUUGCAGCACAACAUGUAAAACACUGCAAGUAAAUAAUCCC